AUGGAAAAAGACAAAUGCCUACAUCAUAAGAGCGAUCGCGAGAAAGGAAGAAAACUCUUAAGCGAUAUGUUUCGUCCCAAAGAAGUCCAACCGUAUCCAGAUGGGUUUCCUUUUUUUGAAACCGAAAGUAUCCUACCUCAUGAGAACACCCUACAGAUGACAGCAAAUGUGGGUGAUCUCACCGGACUCACUAAAGACACGUUAUCUCCUGGUUCCAUCUCUGUAUUCAUCACUGGUUUCAUUGUGGAAACUAUGAGACUGACGAAAUCAUUUAAGAUCACUGUUAACGAAUACUCUGAAAGUAGUACUACUGGUAAAGUAUUGGCUCAAACGAUGGCAGACGCAGACGCUUCGAGUCCUGAUAACGAUAAACCAAUGGACCCGUGA